UAGGACUUCCCUCCUCACUGCUCACCUGUGUCGUGCGACAACCCUACUUCGCCUGGUUCUCUCCCUGCCCUACCCUGCUCCCUUUCCUCGGCAGCCCUUUCGUCGCCUCGCAACCGCCGACCUUCGUCGCCGUUCAACCUCCGCCGCUGCGAGGUUCUGUAGCGGCGGUGACUGGUGCAGCGAACCCGCUUCGUCGUCGACUACUCUCAACGAGCAGCUCGAGGCGCACCUCCUGAAGACUCCGCACCCCGAAUCCACCUCACCUGUGUCGUGCGACAACCCUACUUCGCCUGGUUCUCUCCCUGCCCUACCCUGCUCCCUUUCCUCGGCAGCCCUUUCGUCGCCUCGCAACCGCCGACCUUCGUCGCCGUUCAACCUCCGCCGCUGCGAGGUUCUGUAGCGGCGGUGACUGGUGCAGCGAACCCGCUUCGUCGUCGACUACUCUCAACGAGCAGCUCGAGGCGCACCUCCUGAAGACUCCGCACCCCGAAUCCACCCCUUGAUUUCAAGUCAUGGAGCACGAGGGAUGCAUGGAGAAAAUAUCUGAGUCCUCUGGUUGUAGGAAAAUAUUGUACGAGAAUGAUUCAGAUAUUGCAUCUGAUUUGCCCGUGAAAAUUGAUCAAAAGGAAGAAGUUGAAAAUGACUUUGUAUCUCCAACGCCACAGAAACCUGAAUGGAGCAAUAAAGAUAGAGCAGUUGCAUCUCUUACUAGGAAACAACUUGCUAAUGAUUUUGAGAAUGAAGGAUUUACUGAGCUAGGUACCGUAGUCGAUGGACAGAAGGAUAAUGAGCCAGAUAAACUUCCAGAUAACUAUCACGUUUUGGCUGAACUCUUUAACCGACUAGAUACUGCUAUAAGGUUGCUUAGGUUGCGAAAGUUGCCGCCUACUUUUCGAAAUAUUUCUCCACGUGUAGAGAUUUUGACAAAAAGAAAGUUUCUAUACAACCAUCUCGCUCAAAUGAUUUUCAUUUUCCCCAAAGCCAUUAAGAUUGAGAAGAUACUUGUCCAUGACAAGGAAACCUUAGUGGUCAUUCCAGAUAUUAAUGUUACUCUACUGAAGGAUGUUGUGGAAGAUAAUUUACAUCCCAAUGAAUCAAUAUCCGUUGCUUUAUGUGAAGCUUUCCGCAAGAGACUUUUCAAAUUUUUUAUCACCCAUCCUGAGGAUAUUGAUAUUCCUAAGGCCAUGCUACCUGAGCCAUUCAAUCAAAGCAACUGCAAUUUGCCUUUAGAGACAUUGCCUAAGAAUUGUAUCACGGAACCACAACCACCUGAAAGUUCCCUUGAGCUUGACGAGUUGCUUGGUGAUUCUCUUUUACCUUUGUCCUUUGGAAGACAAAUUCUUCGCAACGUUUUCUCACCUGGAAGUGUUAUUGAGCAUAGUGAAUUGGCUAGUGCUUCUGUUUUACCUUCAUCCUUCAAAAGACAUUUUUCACAAAAGGUUAUCAUUCCAGAAUCAAAGAAAACACAGUUACUUGCCACUCAACCAUUAUCUCACUUCACUAGCAAUAUGGAAGCUAAUUCUUCCAUCUCAGGGACAAAGUCACUUGCAUGUUUGGUUUCUAGUCAGAAGGGUUGCUCAUCCUCUUAUCUUGAUAACACCCCUCUGAAAGGUGCUUCUUCAUGUAUUGAUGCAAUGACAGCUGCAACUCCUGUCCUGCAGACUCCAAAACGACCUGUUCCGACUCCUAAUGAAAAAUUGACUAUUGAAGAUGAUGACUUGGUUAGCGAAUCUAAAUUGAGCACUUCAGCACGUAGAUCUCUAAAGUACUCGAGUACGGAUAUUGAAGCGAAUAGUAAUGAUACCAAUUAUGACCCAAACCAACAGUGCAUGGUUCUUAAAUCUUCAUCUGAUCAGAUUGACUCUGCUAAAAGAUUGCUUUGGGAACAAGAGACUGAUAAACCUUCUGGCCGUCUUCCCUGCAUGGUACAUCAUUUGACUGCUGCCAAUUCUAAGGAUAACACAUUGAACCUAAUGGGAGAGAGAAAGAAGAGCUCUAGGAUGUUCUCUUCUGUGCUAGCAACUUUUGAUGCAAUCAGCUUCAAUUCACAAUCUAAAUACUAUUUCAAUAUCACAAAGGAGGAACUUGUGCAUAAAAUUCUCUCUAACAACUUGGAACUUGAGGAUCCAAGAGAAGCAGAAGAACAUCUGAGUCUAUUAGAACGGCUUCUCCCAGAUUGGAUUAGUAAGAAGUUUGCAUUUGAUGGACAACAGCUUUACAGCUUUAAGCAGACGGUUGAUCGUGAAGCCUUCCGAACUCGAGUAGUUGAAGCUGAAGCUGUCUAACGUUUUUCAUCUCUAACGAAGCACUCCUACUUCGCGCAAAAUUGGAACACCAACAUAUGAGAUUGUUGAUUUCAAAUUCAAGUUUCCUUAACGUGGCUGUAGUAUGUUCUCCAAAUUUACUCCAUAAAUUUCAUCAAUAUGGUCGAUGAGGGAAUAUUAAUUCAUGCCACGUGUCCGCAUGGGCUUGCGCAAUUAGUUUAUAUAAGGGUGUAAUUGUCAAUAGGUCUAGGGUCGAUUUUCAACGGGUGUAUAAUGUUUCGUUGGUUGCCUCAACCCUUGCUUAUAUAUGUUAUUAUUGUUGGCCAAUGAUCCCCGUGAUUUAACUAGGUAUCUAAGAGUCGAAUCUUAGUUGUCGUGUAUUAUAAGAAGUUUUCUCUGGUGGGGAGAUAACUUUAAGAAUGUUGACCUCUUUAAUGAGUUUUUAUAAGCGUUUUCUGAUUUA